UUAUAUUUAGGUUUAGGGAGUCUCAUCCACUGCGAAACAUUUCCUUCUCACCGAUUCUCCCUUUCUCUUGACUUGUAAGAAUCCUUACAAAUGCGGUUUUUUUCAAUCGUUUGAACAACUGGGAUUUUUCCAGUAAGAUCGGAAUUGAAGGCAGCGUGCAGUAUGGUUGACACACAUCCAUUAUAGUUGCCAGUUGGGUUAGUGAUUACAAAUUUACGACUUCUUGGUCGGGUCGAGGAUCUGUGCAUGUGGAGGCCGUUGUAAUCGUUUGCUGCGGUCAUUUCCUUUUGUCCGGUGUCGCAUUAUUCUAAAAUUAUUGGAUAGAAGGAACUAAAACCUGCGAGAACUAUGAAUGUCAACGAUAUCCUACGUUUUAAGACAAAAAAGCCUGGGAAGCAUGGUGAUGACGAGACUGCGGAUAAGGAGCUCGGAUCGCCUGCCAAAAGCCGUAAGAUCGCCAAUGGAGAGAAAGAACCGAUUCCCAGUAGCCCCGGCGACCUUCCCGCCGAUUUCUUCGACGCGGAAACGCAGGAAAUUAUGAAGAAAAUUGAAUCAGCGCCUAGUGCGGAACCGUUUGAUGACACUGCAUUGCGGAAGAUGCUCAAUGCGUUCGAGAGAAAAGCAUUAAAGAACCAAGAGCAUCGCGUAAAAUAUUCUGAUGAUCCGGCCAAGUUUAUGGAUUCUGAGAUCGAAUUGAAUGAUGCUGUUCAAGAACUGCACAUUAUUGCUACACAGCCGGACCUCUAUUCCGUCGUUCUCCAGAUGAAUACAAUGCAGACUUUGACGCAGCUUCUUUCUCAUGAAAACACAGAUAUCUCAAUAGCAGUCGUUGAUUUGCUUCAAGAGCUAACCGAUGUGGACACACUAACUGAAUCUGUGGAGGAUGCUACGAAACUUGUCGAUGCGAUUCUGCAGCAGCAAGUCGUCGCUAGUCUGUUGCAAAACAUGGAGCGACUCGAUGAAUCUGUGAAAGAGGAAGCCGACGGCGUGCACAACACGUUGUCCGUAAUGGAAAAUAUUCUGGAAUUUAAACCUGAAAGCUCGGAAAGCCUGGCAAGAAUGGGCUUGUUAAGAUGGCUUCUGAAACGAAUAAAGAUGAAAGCUUUCGAUGUUAAUAAAUUAUAUGCGAGUGAAAUCCUAUCCAUUUUACUGCAAAUCAAAGAAAAUCGGAAAAUGUUGGGCGAAAAACUUGUUGGUGAACGCACGGACACGGAUGGAAUUGACAUUUUGUUGCACCAGUUAGCGGUUUUUAAGCGCCACGAUCCCGGCACGGGAGAAGAAUACGAAAUGAUGGAAAAUUUAUUCGACUGUCUGUGUUCAGCUCUGAUGUACCCUCCAAACAGAAAACUGUUUUUGGACGGUGAAGGUUUACAGUUAAUGAAUCUGAUGUUAAGAGAAAAGAAGCAGUCACGGAAUAGCGCAAUUAAAGUUCUGGAUUAUGCGCUGUCCAGCGACGAGGGAGUCGAUCUAUGCGAUAAAUUCAUUGAAAUCCUUGGUUUACGGACAAUAUUCCCUUUAUUUAUGAAGCCGCCCAAGCAACAUAAGAAGCGUGGUCCAACACGGGAUGAAACGGAAGAAUACCUUUGCGCGAUUAUGGCAUCGUUGGCGAGAAAUUCGCGUGGCGAUAAACGUGAGCGCUUUAUGGGAAAAUUUUUGGAGAACGAUCUGGAGAAAGUGGAGCGGCUGAUGGAACUGCAUUUUCAGUAUUCAGACAAAGUUGCACAAGAAGAGGCUAACAUAGCACGCGAAAAACGUGCGUUACGGGAAACGGGGGCUGAAGUUGACGAUGAUACCGAAGUGGAAUUUGACCUCAGACGAUUGGAAAAUGGACUUUUUACGCUGCAGAGGAUUGAUAUUGGGAUUGUCGAAGUUUACGACGAUGCCGCCGCAGAAGUCAGAAAACGGAUCGAUCGAAUUAUUUCGAUGCGAAAUUCCAGUCGAUCUACCGUUACCAAUGUCGUUAAAGAAUAUGUGAAGGAAAUUGCUGACGAUAAAAAUGACUCAAGUAAACAGCGAGAUCUCAAACGAUUGACGCUCCUUGUACAACGUUUCAUGGAUUCUCCAUCGUAAUCGCGUUAGAGUUCGUGUGUACACAUUUGAUGGAGAUUUUCCAUUUUGUUAAUUUUAUUUGAGUGAUUUUUACAGCUAACUUGUUGGUUAAUUUCUAUGGCGUGGCUUUGCCGGAUAGAACGUUUCCUUCCAUAAUCUUGAGAAUAAAACCGAUAACGGUAGUC